AUGCCUAGCGACUGCGACGUAAUCAGCGGGCGACGUGAAACACGUGGUUCACUUUCGUCGCGACGGCCGCGGUCGACGCUCCAAAGGGAUCUGCUGCCGUGUUUCAGGUUGCCCCAGCUCUCCUGGCCGAGGCCGAGGCCCCGGCGGGGAGUGGCCGCCCCCUCAGGCCCCGGGCGAAAACCGCCGGCGUGGCCCCGGGCCGAGGGUGGGGCCAUGGCGGACAGCGGCGGAGGGAGCGGUGGGGCUAGCGCGGGCGGCGGCGGCGGAGGUGGUGGCGGUGGCUCAGGCCAGGCCUCGGCGGCCUCGGCCUCGGGCUCGGCGGGUGCCGGCGCCGGCGUUACCAACCCGGCGUCUCUGCCCCCCGGGGACUCGCAGCUCAUCGCGCUCAUAGUGGAGCAGCUCAAGAGCCGCGGCCUGUUCGACGGCUUCCGCAGGGACUGCCUCGCCGACGUGGACACCAAGCCAGCUUACCAAAAUCUAAGACAGAAAGUAGACAACUUUGUGUCAACUCAUCUGGACAAGCAGGAGUGGAACCCAGCAAUGAACAAAAACCAGUUGAGAAAUGGGCUGAGACAGAGUGUGGUUCAGUCAGGAAUGCUGGAAGCUGGAGUGGACAGAAUUAUUUCACAAGUGGUGGAUCCAAAACUAAACCACAUCUUUAGGCCACAAAUAGAGCGUGCAAUUCAUGAGUUUCUGGCUGCACAGAAGAAAGAAGACACUAUACCAGCUCCUCCUCCAGAGCCUGAAAAUCAGGAUCCACCUGCUCCUUCUCAGGAUUCCUCUUAAGCCUUUUUUUCUUAUGCCUUUGAUGACAGCUGCUAAAAAUUCCAUGUAAUUGAGUGUGAAUAAGCUUAUUCAACU